AUGGGGAAUGAAACAACUAUCAGCUAUUUUGUUCUGACUGGUGUUUCCAGUGACCCACACCUGCAGCCUAUCCUUUUUGUGGUGUUUCUACUGAUAUACCUACUAACUGUCCUCGGGAAUGGGAUGAUCAUGGUGGAGAUAAGAGCUAAUAUUCACCUUCACACACCUAUGUAUUGUUUCCUAUUCCAUUUAUCUUUCCUGGACAUCUACUAUUCUUCUGUCACUGUCCCAAAGAUGCUGCAGAAUUUUAUGGCAGAGAAGAAAACCAUUUCUCUGAAUGGCUGCCUUGCCCAGAUGUGCUUAAUUAUUCUUGUGGCCAUUACAGAACUGUUCAUGCUCUCGGCAAUGGCCUAUGAUCAAUACGCUGCCAUCUGUGACCCAAUGUAUUAUGUGGGGACCAUGAAUAAGCAAGUACGCAUAAGGUUGGUGGGUGGUGCAUGGCUGAUUGGCACAAUAUAUGCACUGACCAACACUUUUCCUGUGUUACAUUUACGUUUCUGUGGUACCAAUGAACUGCAUCAUUGCAGUUGUGAGGUCCCAUCUCUACUAGAAAGGUCCUGCACAGAUACGUUCAUCAAUAACAUGAUAUUUCUCAUUUCAACCCUGAUUGUGUUUUUUGGCUCAUUCUCUGUCACCCUGGUGUCUUACAUCUGCAUCAUCUCUGCUAUCCUAAGGAUAUGCUCUGCUGACGGCAGGGGCAAAGCCUUCUCUACCUGCAGCUCCCACCUCACUGUGGUUGUUCUGUAUUAUGGAUCUGGUUUAUUUAGAUAUCUGAGACCCAAGUCAAUCUCUUCAGUGCUUCUUGAUACAUUCGUCUCCAUCCAGUACAGUAUCAUAACUCCCAUGUUAAAUCCUCUCAUCUAUAACCUGAGAAACAAGGAGGUAAAGGCAGCUCUGGGGAAUAUACUGGGGAAAACACAAGGCACGUGA